GAAAUGCUUUCGACUUUUUCCUGCACGAAAGCGUCCAGUGGUUCACACGUCGGUAAAUACGUGUUAACUGAAAAAGUAAGAGAGAACGUGUUUGAAGCGGUCAGCCUGCACAGCGGCAAACAUCUGCUCUGUAAGGUUUUUCCGAUUAGUAGAUAUGCCCAGACCCUGGCUGUAUAUUCUCAGCUUCCUGUUCAGCCCAACCUACACCAUCCAUCUGAAAUCAUCUUUGAACACUCUACAGCUUAUGUGUUCUUUGAACAUGCAUAUGGAAAUAUGUGCAGAUAUGUUCAGACUGUUGGGUGCUUGUGUGAAGAUGAAGCUUUGAGGCUCUUUCAUCAGAUAGUCUCUGUUGUGGCACAUUGUCACCAUAACGGUGUGAUUCUGCCUAGACUGAAGCUGAAAAAUUUUGCCUUCAAAAAUAAAGAGAAGACCAAUGUGGCACUGAACAAACUUAAAGAUGCCUAUAUCAUAGAAAAAAGUGAUGUAAUGUCAGGCACACACAGCUGUCCAUUUUAUAUGAGUCCAGAGAGCCUACAGCCAGGGAGCUUAUACUCAGGAAAAGCAUCAAAUGUAUGGACUCUUGGAGUUAUGCUGUAUGCUAUUCUGGUUGGAAGAUAUCCUUUUACACAUAGAAACCUCAAUGAUCUGUACAACAAAAUCCAGAUGUGCAAAUUUAAACUUCCAGACCUUCUCUCACCUAAAGCCAAGUGUCUAAUACGUAGCAUCCUUCGAUCAGACCCUUCAGAGCGGCUAACAGCAGAGGAAAUUUUGUCCCAUCCUUGGUUUUCCUCUACCAGCUAUUCUCUGUACAUGUGGAGGAAGAUGUUCUACAAAGAACGAGAUCAAGAAGUUCCAUCUUUAGAGCAAAUUGCCAUAAACUGAUAUCAAUUCCUGCUAUCCAAUGGCCAUAGAUUAACACAGAUGAUACAUUCACUUUUUGGAACUGUUUUAGGAGACUAUAUGUAUUUCUGCAUUUGUUUUUAGUACCGUACAUAAUUUAAGUGAUAUACAAUGUAUAGCUACAGUUUAAUCUGCAUUAGCUAGUUCAUCAGAUGUAUAUAUAAUAUGUUACUUUAUGGAUGUGUAUUUACUGA